AUGGAUCUCCUCACCCCUCCCAACAAUGUGACUGAGUUUGUUCUCUUGGGACUCACGCAGAAUCCACACCUGCAGAAAGUACUCUUCAUUGUCUUUUUGCUCAUUUUCCUAUUUACCCUGCUGGCCAACCUGCUCAUGGUCAUCACCAUCUCCCUCAGCCCUUCGCUUUCAGCCCCCAUGUACUUCUUCCUCACUUACUUGUCCUUCAUAGAUGCCUCCUUCACCUCUGUCACAACUCCUAAAAUGCUCAUUGACCUGCUGUACCAGAGGAGAACUAUCUCCUGGGGUGGCUGCCUGACCCAGCUGGCUUUGGAACACUUCCUGGGAGGGUCAGAGGGCAUCAUCCUCACUGUCAUGGCCUAUGACCGCUACGUGGCCAUCUGCAAGCCCCUGCACUACACGGCCAUCAUGAGACAGCAUCUCUGCCAGCUCCUGGUGGUGGUGGCCUGGAUUGGGGGGAUACUGCAUGCCAUUGUACAGGUUCUUUUCAUGGUCAACUUGCCCUUGUGUGGUCCCAAUGUGAUUGACCACUUCAUGUGUGAUCUCUUUCCACUGUUAAAACUUGCCUGCAGGGACACGUACAGGCUUGGAGUGGUGGUGGCAGCUAACAGUGGGGGCAUGUGCUUACUCAUUUUUUUCAUGCUACUCAUCUCCUACAUAGUCAUCCUGUGCUCCCUGAAAUCCUGUGGCUCUGAAGGACGGCGCAAAGCCCUCUCUACAUGUGGCUCCCACCUUACAGUAGUGGUGCUCUCUUUUUUCCCUUGUGUAUUCACCUACAUACGUCCCGUGGCCGCCUACCCUGUGGACAAGUUGGUGAGUGUGUUCUACUCAGUCCUCACUCCCAUGUUGAAUCCUAUCAUUUACACAGUGAGAAACACAGAGGUGAAAAAUGCCAUGAGGAGUUUGAUAAAGAGGAGAGUAACUUAGGCUGUUCAUGAUAACAAGAAACUGAUGAUUUAUAUACAUAGGGAGGAUUAUACCUAUUGUAAAUUGUACAGAAAAACUAAGAAAU